AUGGCAGCUGUUUUUGUUCUACUUGGUGAUGCUGGUUUUGAGUUAACCGGGAAGCAUGCAGCCGAGUUAGUCAGCAGCUAUUUUGAGGCUAAUGGAGACCAAGGAGUUACUCAAGAGGUGCCUUUCCCGGAAGCUUUAAUUAGCACUAUCGGUCAGAAACAUAACUUUUGUGUAAAAGUUACACAGCACAACUUAGAUGGCAAGUCUCGAUCUUUGACUGUGACCAAGAUUCUCCCUAUGGAAUCUCCACCAGUCACAGAAGCUUCGGGAGGAAACUACAACCCGACAACCUUGGAGGAAGGAUUUGAGACUGGAACAAAGGUGUGUGAAGCUUCCAAAAUCAGUGGGGAUUCGGCAGAAGGAAGUAAGAGCAAUGGUGACAUGGAUGAGAUGGGCAAAGCAAAACGCCUUAAGCGUGGGGUGUAG